AUGUCGCAGCCCAAGAGGAGAAAGCUUGAGUCGGGGGGCGGCGGCGAAGGAGGGGAGGGAACUGAGGAGGAAGAUGGCGGACAGCCGGAGGCGGCCCUGCUGCGACCCCGGAGGACUAGGCGGGAGCGGGACCAGCUGUACUACGAGUGCUACUCGGACAUCUCGGUGCACGAGGAGAUGAUUGCGGACCGCGUCCGCACGGAUGCCUACCGCCUGGGCAUCCUGCGGAACUGGGCAGCGCUGCGGGACAAGACGGUGCUGGACGUGGGCGCGGGCACCGGCAUCCUUAGCAUCUUCUGUGUCCAGGCCGGGGCCCGGCGCGUGUACGCGGUGGAGGCCAGCGCCAUCUGGCAACAGGCCCGGGAGGUGGUGCGGCUCAACCGGCUGGAGGACCGCGUACACGUCCUGCCGGGGCCGGUGGAGACGGUGGAGCUGCCCGAGCAGGUGGAUGUCAUCGUGAGCGAGUGGAUGGGCUACGGGCUCCUGCACGAGUCCAUGCUGAGCUCCGUGCUCCACGCGCGGGCCAAGUGGCUGAAGGAGGGCGGGCUUCUCCUGCCGGCUUCCGCCGAGCUCUUCGUGGCGCCUAUCAGCGACCACACGCUGGAGUUGCGCCUGGGCUUCUGGAGCCAGGUGAAGCAGCUCUACGGCGUGGACAUGAGCUGCCUGGAGGGCUUCGCCACACGCUGCAUCAUGGGCCACUCGGAAAUCGUGGUGCAGGACCUGUCCGGCGAGGACGUGCUGGCCCGGCCGCAGUGCUUUGCUCAGCUGGAACUGGCCCGCGCCGGCCUGGAGCAGGAGCUGGAGACCGGCGUGGGUGGGCGCUUCCGCUUCAGCUGCUACGGCUCGGCGCCCAUGCAUGGCUUUGCCAUCUGGUUCCAGGUGACCUUCCCCGGAGGGGACUCGGAGAAACCUCUGGUGCUGUCCACCUCGCCUUUCCACCCGGUCACGCACUGGAAGCAAGCCCUCCUGUACCUGAACGAGCCCGUGCAAGUGGAGCAAGAUACGGACAUUUCCGGGGAGAUCACGCUGCUGCCUUCCCGGGACAACCACCGGCUCUUGCGCGUGCAGCUGCGCUACAAAGUGGGCGACCAGGAGGAGAAAACCAAAGACUUUGCCAUGGAGGAUGAGCGUUGCUUUUUCUCCCAGCGACCUCCCGAGGCGGCCAGACCUGCGUGCUAGAGGUGGAAGGGGGUCGCUGGAGACAGAGGGAUCCGGCCUGCAAGUAUUAUUUGACAGUUUCAGUGUGGCUGUAUAUGACAAACAAUGUGUGACACUGGACGCCAGACAAUCCCAAGGAAGCCGAAGCCUUUUCACGUGAGGCCACUUCCCGGAGGAUGAGAGUGUGAGAAGCAUCAACCUCCAGGCACUCCAACCUCUGUAUGAACGGGACUGAUGGCUUAGGGCCGCGUGGGCCCCCGAAAGGAGCUGCCAGCCCCAAGGAGAGACUCUGGCUGAAGUUCAGCCUGCUUUCCUUGAGUAGCAUAUGUUUAUUCUGCACUGUGAAACUUUAAUUCACUGGACCAAUGGACAUUUUACUGAGUGUACACUGUAUCAGUCACUGUGAUAAGCACUUAGGAUACAAGCCCAUGAAACAUAGUUCCUGCCGUCAAAUAGGUUUGUUCAGAGGAUAAACCAGGGAGUAAAAUAAAUGAACAA